UCUUCUCUACUUUCAGCAAAAUUCUGGGACCUCUUCGGCAGAGCUGGAGCACUGGCUGCCCUCACAGCUUCCCCGCAGCUUGGGGAUCCUGCAACAAGAACCAAUGAAGAACAAGAGCUAAGCCCUGGAGGAUCUGGUCAUGGAGGCUCGCAGCUAGCGCCAGCAGCAGGUGCCAGUGUUGGGCUGCAGGAAGAGGCAAGACUCGCCGAGGGCCAGGGAAGAAGACAACAGUGCUCAGUUUACUCAGCACAUGGCAGCACAAACAAGAUCGCAGGUGCCUGCUGAGCCUCUACAAGGCGCUGCACUUGUCCAGAGCUAUGACUCACUUUAAGAAAUCCAGGCCAAUCCAAAAAAGCAAAAUGAAGCCUUAGCCACUUGCUACGGGCUGCUAGCAAUGUGACUUGUACUCGUGGUCAGGACCACACAGAACCCGAGCAGAGGCCAUUCGGUGAGGGUCUCACUCUGGGUCCAGCUCCACGGGAGGCAAUGAACAGUAACUUCUGCCGGGCCCUGGUGGACCGCGGGGCUCCCAGCGGCACGCAGUUGGGUGUCGUGGCCCCUGAAGGACAGACGUCGCUGUCAGCCACUGAGCCCCUGGGCAACAUGCCCUUCCUGCUGUACCCGGGCCACGCCGAGCCGCCUUACUACGACGCCUACGCUGGGGUGUUCCCCUACGUGCGGUUUCCGGGCGCCUUCGGGGUCUACGACUACCCGUUCGAGCCCGCCUUCAUCCAGAAGCGCAACGAGCGCGAGCGGCAACGCGUCAAGUGCGUGAACGAGGGCUACGCGCGCCUCCGCGGCCACCUUCCUGGAGCCCUGGCCGAGAAGCGGCUCAGCAAGGUGGAGACCCUGCGCGCUGCCAUCCGCUACAUCAAGUACCUGCAGGAGCUGCUGAGCGCCACCCCAGACGGCAAGCCACCCGCGGCCAGGUCCCAGUCGCCAGUCCGUGCGGGCCAAGGCAACGCGCCGCAGGCCCCCUUCCUGGUGCCCGAGUCCAGGGGGUCCUCCUCCUUCUCCUCCUCACCUUUCUUGGAGUCAGAGGAACCCAGCCUUUGAUCGGUGUCCCUCUAGGGAACAGUAAUGGGGGCGGCUGGAUCUGGUGUCCUGUGCUGGGCAGGACAGUGAUGUUCAAGGGCUGUGCUCCUACCUCCGCCCUUUGGGCCAAAUGUGCGGACCUGGAGUAGAAAGGGCGAGAUGGGGAUCCCAGGAGGUGCUGAGGGCAGUGAGGAGCGGAGCUUUGGACAGCUCCUGAACCUGACUGCUGUUUGGCCACUGGGCGGCUCUGUUGUCCACCACAGCAACAGGUCCCCAGGAAGCAGCCGCACUUUGACUAAGUCAGUGUCAUGCCUGGGUCUUCCACAAGAUGGCCUCAAAUACUAGCGGGGAGCUUGAUUACUCUAGAGAGCAGGAAUUCCAGACGGAGGAAGACCGUGCAGCUGCGUGAAUUCAGCACCCUGGAA